CAACAAUUAUCAAUUUAAAACUCUAAUUAUUUAAAGUUUUUACAUUAAAUUAUCCAAAUAACAUUUUCCCGUCAAAGAAUAAAGUAAAGAAUGUCAUAACAGUAUAAUACGCCUCCUAUUAUUAAAUUUUUUUUAACAUAUUUAUAACAAUGGGAGUACAUGGACUCUGGAAAUUAUUGGAGACAGCUGGAAAACCCAUUCCCGUGGAAAAAUUGGAGAAUAGAGUUUUAAGUAUAGAUGUAUCAAUAUGGCUUUAUCAAAUAAUUAAAGGUGUACAAGAAAACGAGCAUAGUAAAUUAACAAAUGUACAUCUAAUUGUCAUGUUUCAUAGAAUUUGUAAAUUACUGUUCUAUGGUAUUAAACCAGUUUUUGUUUUUGAUGGUGGUGUACCACAACUGAAAAGACAAACAAUUGCCCAGAGACAAGCUCAGAAAAUUAGAGCUAAGAAAACAUCUAGUAGGGCUAAAGAGAAAUUAUUGAAGAAUAUGUUAAAACAAGCAGCUCUCAAAACUGUAAUAAAUCCAGAAAAUAUACUUUCAGAAGAAGAAAUCAUUAAAAAAACUGUUAAUACAUUGAAUAAACAAGAAGAAAGUGAUUUGUUUGAAUUACCUAAAUUACCAGAAAAAACUAACGAAAUUAUCAAUAAAGUUGAAACAAAUAAAAUAGAAACGUUACAAAGUUCAGGUUUCUAUAAAGAAGAUAGAGAAAACCUUCUUAUGUUAGUUGUUGAAAAGCAAAGUAAUGAUUGUUUUAGUAAUAGUGUUGAUAAAGGAAAGUCAAGUGUAAAAUUAAAUACAUUUUCUUCUUUACAAAUUGGAGAUUUAUUACAAAAAUAUGCCGAUGAUCAAAAACACCUUAUGAAUCGUAAAAAAUUACAAAAGUCUAAACAAGAAAUGACAGUUAGUGAGAUGGAAAUGUUCUUAAAUGGAGAUAAUACUUCUGUAGAUUUAGAUCAUGAUUUUGGGCAAAAACUUAACUCAGAUCAUGAUACUGUAUUUUAUUAUCAAUCUAGUAUUAAAACUAAAAACUCUAGUAAUUCACCAAUUUUUAGUAAAUCCAACAAGAACUCUUUUGGAAAGAUUAUUGAUCAAAAAGACAUUCAGUCUACUAAUACUAUUACCCAAGAUAUAAUAACUCUUAGUGAUGAUGAUGAUGAUAUAUUCAAAGCCCUUGCAGGUGAUGAAUCACUUGAAGAAGAUAGACUUGCUUGGUUAGCAUUUAAUGAAAAUAAAAAAGCAAGUAAAAAAAGAUCAGAUGAAUUUGAAUCUCCAAGAUCAAUAUCUUCUAAACAGAAAACAAGUUUUGAAUAUCCUAAUACAGUUAAUACAUCAGAUGAUGUAAAAGAUAUAUUUAAUGCAAAAUGUUUAUCCAAUAAACAUUCUACAGAGUGUCUGUUUUUAAAAAACGAUGAAAAAUCUGAUGAAAAUUUAACUGAUGACCUAAUUAAUGAAGAUUAUUUAGCAUGGAUAGCUCUUAAUUCAAGUAAACAAAGCCAAAAAAGUGAGAAGAUUCAAAAUAUAAUAAAUGACAAUAUGAUUGCAUCAACAAGUAAAAAUACAUCAAACUUUAGUGAAAAUAACAUAACCUGGAGCCCUAGUAGUUCAGUACAAGAUAUAACAGGAAUAUCUUUAAACUUUAAUUCAGAAUCAGAUUCAUCUGAUAGCAGUUCUUUCUUUGAGAAUACUUCUCAUCUUUCGCCUAAUGAAAGUUUUUAUUUUUCUAAAGAGAACUCACCAGUUAAUAUAGAUGAGUUAAUAAGAAAAACAGAAAUAGAAGAGCUAAAAAUUCAAUUAUCUAGCCCAGUAAAAGAAAAAGUAACUGCAUGUUAUGAAAAAUCAAAUGGAAAUCAUGAUAUUUUAUAUAAAUUUAAAUCACCAGAAAGCACUCUAGAUCUACCCAAGACUACUAAAAAUACUACUAUUUCUUCAAAAGAAUGUACACCGAUAUCGACUGAAAAUGUAAUAAGCUUUAAUGAGAAACCGGAUAUUUUAAAUAAAAUAAACUCAUUUAGUACUGAUAAAUUGAAAUUUCCAAAAAGAAUUUUAGAAUUAUCCAAGAUAAAAAAAUUAAUUGAUAACUCACCGACAAAUAACAUUUAUGAUUCUUCAGAAAGAUUGACACAAAAAAAAGAAAAAGAUCACCAAUCUUUUGAUACACAAUAUUUAUCAGAUAUAAAAGAUACAUUAGUUAGACAAGAAAAUCACCUUACUAACUUACAAAAAGCUUCGGAUCGUUUAGCUUCAUCUGUAACACAAAAAAUAUCAUCUGAAAUGAAGAAUCUGUUGAGAAUGUUUGGUAUUCCAUAUAUUACAGCUCCAAUGGAAGCUGAAGCUCAAUGUGCAUAUUUAGAAAAAAAUGGACAUACGGAUGGAACCAUAACAGAUGACAGUGAUAUCUGGCUAUUUGGUGCCAAUAUUGUUAUUAAAGAUUUUUUUGACAAUAAAAAAUAUGUAAAACAGUUUAGAAGUAUUGAUAUCAAGCAAAAAUUGGGUUUAUCGCAAAGUAAUUUCAUACAAAUGGCUUUUUUGGUGGGUAGUGAUUAUACAAAUGGAAUCGAAGGUGUUGGACCUGUAACAGCUAUUGAAAUGCUAUCAUUUUUUGAUUCCAAAACAAAAUACAAAAAUAUUGAGGAUAAAUUAUUGAAAAUAAAAGAAAUUGUCAAUUCAAAAUCAGAAAUUUACAAUGAUAUUCCAUUUGUAAAAAAAUUGAAAUCUGUUACAAUAGAAAAGGAUUUCCCAAAUAAAGCUGUUAUUAAUGCUUAUAUGAAUCCAAUUAUUGAUGAGUGUGAAGGAAAAUUUAGCUGGAGCUUACCAGAAAUGGAUAAACUUAUGCAAUAUGCUCUGACCAACUUUGACUGGAGUAUUUCUAAGACUAAAAUUACAAUGGAUCCAAUUUUGAAAAAAAUUACAGAGCGUACAACUCAAAAAACUUUGGAUUCAUAUAUGAAAGUUUUACCUACUUUAAGUAACCAAACAGUUGGCAUGAGUAAACGAGUCAGUCAUGCUGUAAAAAGAUUAAGGGAUAAUUGUGACAGUACAAUUUCAUCAGAAACUGAUCAAAAAAAUACUAAGAUUAAAAAAUUAACAACAGCAAUUGAAGCUAAUAAACAUCAAGCUACAUGGAUAAAAAAAACAUUAAUAAAGAAAAAGAAGCAUAAGUAAGAUAAAAUUUUUGAAUAAUCAUUAGUUUAUAUAGUUAUAAUAUUUUAUUAUAAAAUAUUUUUAUUUGAAUUACUUUAUAUUAAAGUGUUAUUAUAACUUUCAAUUAUAGAAUACUAUAAAUUCUAAAAAUUAUACUCUGUUAGUAUUUAAAAAUUCAUUUUUUUUUUUUUUUUUAAGUCUUUUCAAUUUAAUAUUAUUGUAAAAAUAUUUCAAUUAUACUUAUAUUUAUUUGUCAACAUAAUAAAUUAUUAAGCUUAAUUUAACUCUAUAAUCUAGUCAUAUUUAUGCCAAAAUAGUCUUUCUGUGUUUAUUCUACCACAGUAUCCAUUUAACUAGUUGUUCAUUAGCAGCGGUGUAUUUAGAAAUUCAUAAUUAAUUGAGAGGAAAUUUAAUAACAAUAUGGCUUUGCCAAUGAAAAGAGCAUUUAUUUUGUAUUCAUUCCUCUAAAUAUGCUGCUAUUUAUUAGCAUUGAUUAAAUGUAAUACUUAUAAAAUAAUCAUAUAAAAUUUAAAAAAAUUGUGUAAAUUAAUUUUUUUUUUAUUAUUUUCUUAUCUGUUUUCCCUAUUGUAUGUGAAUGAUUAAUUAAAACAAAAUUAUUCCAUAUU